CCUGCCCGUCCGCCGAGCUUCGCCAAUCCACCCGACCAUUUCGUCACUCUGCUUCAUUUUCCACCAUUUUCGCCGCUGUCAUUACUUCUUUCUCUUGAAUGUGCCGGACGAUCGGUUGAAGUUUGACGGAAUUUUGAACCUAAGAGCAAAGGAAAUAAUCUUUGGCGGAGAGUGCAAGUGUCCGUCGACCAGGUGUGAGAGCGAGUUCCUUCUGCUGCUGCGACGUCCCAGCUGCCAUGAAGUGCGUGCUGCUGCUGGCUGUGCUGGCGGGGCUGCUGCUGGUGCAGGCCCUCGAGUCCGGCGCCGAGCCCAGCCUGCUGCCCGGCGGAGUGUGCCCCUGCACCAGGGAGCUGCGGCCCACCUGCGGCUCCGACGGCGUCACCUACGCCAACCCCUGCACGCUGAAAUGCGCGGCGCAGGCCGUGCAGGCCGAUCCCAAGACGAGAGGCUUCGAGCUGAGAGUGGCCCGCGACGGCCCGUGCUAGACGCGAAAUGGGCUGACCCUCCACCACCUCGACGCACGGCGCACCGCCCGUCGCCAUGGAGACCGGAUGGAUUAAAAACAGUCGGCGGUUUUUUGUUCGAACCCCUUUGAGCGUGUCUAAUUCUUUCUCUCUAACUUCGAUUCGCGGAUUCAAUCAACGGAGUGCAUUAGUGAGAGAGCCCGGCCGGCCCGGCGGCGGCCCCGGCAGCGGCAACACAAACUUUGAGUAAAUUUGUCUUUCUCGUUAUCUUCUGCUCCAUGGCAAAGGGGGAAAAGAUGCACCCGUGGCGCGCGCAAGCACACUCACAGGCACACUGCAAAAAGGAGCUCCCACUUAACUCAAAAAUAGUGCAUCAAAUUUUCUAAAUCCUAUCAAAAACUUGAUGGUAUCAAAGCGAAAGCAAAGCUCCUUUACUUAUCUCGUGAGGAUGACAGCUAAGAAUUUCACAGUGGGGUCAUUAUUACAUCAAGAGCGUCCUAGCGCAGACAGAACGUCAAAUGGGGCACUUGCAUAAAAGCUGACCUUUUGAACCUCGUGGGUUGGCGCAAAUCCGCCUAGCCUCUCUGGUGGUGCAUGGCGUGCAAAGCUACGGCAAAACAAAAUCAAAUUUGAAAAGAGGACUACGCAGGACUCGGCGGUGAGGCAUGCCUGCUUCGUAGUACUGAGUACGCCGGCCCCGUUCCACAGGAACAGCCACGGGGGCAGAGCGAGCACAGCGAGCAGGCAGCGGGCGCUAGGCAAGGCAGCCGGACCUGCCGGCCAAAGAGUGCCGGGAAAGGCUCCCGCUGCUCGCCCCGGCCGUUCUGCGAACCCGGAGCGUGUCCCGCCAUCCCAACACGCUUUUCCCGCGAAACGGAUAACGCUCCGGCUAAAUAAUAAGUCAAUUUCGCGCAGCUUCACCCCCGGAAUUAAUGCAAGAUGGAGGCGUUCCGUUCAUCGGCUUGGGGAGGGGGGGGGGCUAACCUCACCCCUCACCGCCGCGCCGAGAGACGCUGACUUCCAUAACGAGAAAAGGUGCCAAAGUCUCGCAUAAAUAAACCCAACCUGAAUGCGCUCUGAGACUCCACCAAGUACCCGGGCCGGCGCGGCGCGGCGCGGCACGGCAGGGCGUUCGGCCCGAGGCAUCAUUAAAACGAACGAGCCGACUUGUAGAUGGAAGAUGGGACCGGCGGCUUGCUGGUGGCAUCGAUAUUCCAGUGGAGGUCCGCCCUGCGGCAAGGCGGCAACGCGGCGCGCCAACACCGAUCUAAACAAUAUAAGAAUAAAUUGGUUAUUCAUUCA